AUGUUCGCGCGCGGCGGCGGCAACGGCGAGCCGCGACACGUGGUGGUGUUCGACGCCGGGAGCACGGGCAACCGCGUCCACGUCUUCGAGUUUGACACCACCGGCGACGGCCCGAGGCUCAAACAGGAGGUAUUCCACGCCGCCAAACCGGGGCUCAAGGAGCGCGCCAAGGACCCGCGCGCCGCCGCGGCGCUGCUCGACCCGCUCGUCGCGACGGCGAUGCGAUCGGUGCCGGCGCGGGCGAGGAAACGCACGCCGCUGACGCUGAGAGCCACCGCGGGGUUGCGGCUCCUGCCGGAGGGACCCGCGGCGGCGGAUGCCAUCAUGGACGCGGUGCGGUCGAAGCUCGUACGAACCGGCUUCGACGUCAAUCCAUCGCGCGACGUCUCCAUCCUCAGCGGCGGCGACGAGGGACUGUACGGCUGGGUCGCGGUCAACUACCUGCUGGGACGCAUCGGCGGCGGCGGCGGCGGUGGAGCCGGCUCGGAAAAAAAAACCACGGUGGCGCUCGCGGACCUCGGCGGCGGCAGCGCGCAACUGUCGUACGCGGUGGACGCGGACGUCGCGUCGACCGCGCCCGCCGGGUACGUCAGGACGGUUCCGGGCACGCGCGGUCCGGCGGGCGCGCUGUCGGCGUACGUGCACUCCUUCAACGGGUACGGGCUCGUGGCGGCGCGGCACAGGAUCCUCGCGGGUACCCGCGGCGGCCCGCCGUCGUCGCGGACGCACGCGUGCGUCCACGCCGGUCACGCCGGCCACUCGUGCGACCGCGACUGCUACGGCCUGGACGAUAAGACCGCGUCGUACUCGGUGACUCCGGAGACAAAUGGCGGAUCGUUUAAAGGAUGCGUCGAAGCGGCGUUGGACGCGAUCGACGCGGAUGAGGGAUGCGAACACGCGCCGUGCUCCUUCGGCGGCGCGUGGGCGGCGCCGCGAGCAGCCGGGGUCACCGAGUUUUACGCCAUGUCGUACGUCGCCGAGCGCGCGGUGCAGUGCGGCGCCGCGGCCGUUCCGUCGGACGAGAAAACGCCGACGACGACGACGCCGCGGCGGCUCGCCGCGGCGGGGACGGACGCGUGCGCGACGCGCGUGGACCAAUUGGGCGCCAAGUACCCGGAGGUCGAUGAGGAGCACCUGCCGUGGCUCUGCGCGGACGUGGCGUACGUGUACGCGCUGCUGACGCGCGGGUUCGGCGUCGGCGAGGAUGAGACGGUGACUUUGGUGGAUAAGAUUGCGUACCGGGGCGAGGCGGUGGAGGCGGCGUGGGCGCUCGGGGACGCGAUCGCGGUGAUGGAGGGGGGACACGGGGGCGAGGGGGGCGAGCCCGGCGUGGUCACCGAGAAAUCGCGCGCGCGAUGA